AUGAAUUUGCUUUUACUAUUUUUAUUCUUACUCGAUUUUUAUCCAAAUAUUGAAUCAAUUUCAAUUUUUGUAAAAAUUUCUUGGCGAGAUAAUGGGGAGCAUGAAUUAGAUUAUUACAAAUAUUUGGUUAAUAAAAAGUCUGACCGUUUCCUUUUGGGAUUAACUAAUAAUUCCAUUCAACGCCCUAUUGUUAGAGUAACAGAUGGUUAUGAUACUUAUCACUUUAAACAAAAAGAUUUUCAAAGUGUUGGUAAUGAGCUUAGCAAUUUUAGCUUACUCAUUGCUUUUAAUGGACACGAUUUAAUUAUUGGCAAAAUAGAGAAUAUAGAAGAUAACUCUAUAAUCUAUAUCAUUCCCCGUCUCGACAAUACAAAAUAUAUAAAAGUAACUAAAGACAUAGUAAAUGAUUAUUUUGAACAAAUGAUAAAUUUAUUUAAACAUCCUGUUCGUAUUUUACAAUUUAUUUGGAAUCGGCCAAUGAAAUCAGACAGACUUAUAGAUGUAAGAAUUGGAUGUAAAAACGAAGUAAUAAAAAACCAAGCUACCACCCAUUCAAUUUCCAGUUUGAAUACUAUGCUGUAUAGAAAAGGUAUUCCAUAUCAAUCAAACUAUUAUGUUAGAAUCAAAGUUUGCCCGAAUGAUCAAUAUUCUGUUGUGCUACUCGGAACCCACGUCAAUGUAAAUAUCUUAUUGAAAAAUAGAUUUUUAACUAUACAAUUCCCUCUAUUCUAA